CACCUCUCCAGCCAGCCUGGCCGUUGUGAUUGCUUACCCCGGGUAGAGACUACCAGUGCACCCAGCUGUCCUACCUGCCACGCUCUGCAGCUCAGAAAUCCUACACCAUGGCGGAUAGCCGGGACCCAGCCAGCGACCAGAUGAAGCAUUGGAAGGAACAACGGUCCUCACAGAAACCGGAUGUCCUGACCACUGGAGGCGGGAACCCAAUAGGAGAUAAACUUAAUAUCAUGACUGCUGGGUCCCGAGGACCCCUUCUCGUUCAGGAUGUGGUUUUCACUGAUGAGAUGGCACAUUUUGACAGAGAGCGAAUUCCUGAGAGAGUGGUGCAUGCAAAGGGAGCAGGUGCCUUUGGAUACUUUGAGGUCACUCACGAUAUUACCAGGUACUGUAAGGCAAAGGUGUUUGAGCACAUUGGAAAGAGGACCCCCAUUGCCGUUCGAUUCUCCACAGUCGCUGGAGAGUCAGGCUCAGCUGACACAGUUCGUGACCCUCGUGGGUUCGCAGUGAAAUUCUACACUGAAGAUGGUAACUGGGAUCUUGUGGGGAACAACACCCCUAUUUUCUUCAUCAGGGAUGCCUUAUUGUUUCCAUCCUUCAUCCAUAGUCAGAAGAGAAACCCACAAACUCACCUGAAGGACCCUGACAUGGUCUGGGACUUCUGGUGCCUCCGUCCAGAGUCCCUCCAUCAGAUUUCCUUCUUGUUCAGUGACCGAGGGAUUCCAGAUGGACAUCGGCACAUGAAUGGCUACGGCUCACACACGUUCAAGCUGGUUAAUGCAAACGGAGAGGCCGUCUAUUGCAAGUUCCAUUACAAGACCGACCAGGGCAUCAAAAACUUGCCUGUUGCAGAGGCGGCCAGACUUACCCAGGAAGAUCCAGAUUACGGCGUCCGCGAUCUUUUCAAUGCCAUUGCCCAAGGCAACUAUCCAUCCUGGACUUUUUACAUCCAGGUCAUGACUUUCAAGGAGGCAGAAACUUUCCCAUUUAAUCCAUUUGAUCUUACCAAGAUUUGGCCUCACCAGGAGUACCCUCUUAUACCAGUUGGCAAACUGGUCUUAAACAGAAACCCAGUUAAUUACUUUGCUGAAGUUGAGCAGAUUGCUUUUGACCCAAGCAACAUGCCCCCUGGCAUUGAGCCCAGCCCUGACAAAAUGCUUCAGGGACGCCUUUUUGCAUAUCCGGACACUCACCGCCACCGCCUGGGGCCCAACUAUCUCCAGAUACCUGUGAACUGCCCCUAUCGUGCUCGAGUGGCCAACUACCAGCGGGAUGGCCCCAUGUGCAUGCACGACAAUCAGGGUGGUGCUCCAAACUACUACCCCAACAGCUUCAGCGCACCGGAGCAACAGCGCUCAGCCCUGGAGCACAUGUCCCAUUGCUCCACGGACGUGCAACGCUUCAACAGUGCUAAUGACGACAACGUCACUCAGGUGCGGACAUUCUAUACGAAGGUGUUGAACGAGGAGGAGAGGAAACGCCUGUGUGAGAACAUUGCCAGCCACCUGAAAGAUGCUCAGCUCUUCAUUCAGAAGAAAGCAGUCAAGAAUUUUACUGACGUCCACCCUGACUAUGGGGCCCGCGUCCAGGCUCAUCUGGACAAAUACAAUGCCGAGAAGCCUAAGAAUGCAAUUCAUACCUAUACGCAGGGGGGCUCUCACUUGGCUGCAAAGGAAAAAGCUAACCUGUGAGGCCCAGGUGCUCGACCUUGCCCUCCACCGAGAUCUCUCCUGAGGCAGAGCACAGGGUGCACCUGUAGUCGCCGCUGGACCUGCUCUCCUUCUGAAGCACAAGCUCACGCAGAUGUCUUUAAAGUGAUAAUCGGGCUUCCAGAGUAAUAGCAAUGCUUUUGAUGCUGUUUCCCAAGGGGGAAAUUAAAGAUUAGGGCUUAGCAAUCAUUUAACAGAAACUUGGAUCUAUAUAGACUUCUGUUCAGAUUAUUCAUUUAAAAUACUACAUUUAAAAUGAUGACAAGAAAGGUUUUCUAGCCAGAAACAUGAUCUGAUUAGAUAAGAUAAAAAUCUUGGUGAAAGUGAUGUUUUCUCAUGUUACCUCAUGGCCUGAUAUAUAUAUCUCACACACACACACACACACACACACACACACACACACACACACACACACAAACCACACAAAUGAAGAAGAUAAAGAUAGAUUUCCCUAAGGUCCUUAUAAGCAAAACCAUACUUAAUAAAUCCGUGUCUUCCAUAAAUAACUUUAGCACUGUUGAAACUUAAUGUUUAUUACUGAUCAGAUUCUUAUUUUUCACUUGAAAUUAUGUUUAUGCUAAUACACAGUGAUUUCACGUAGGUUGAUUUGUACUUGCUUACAUUUUUACAAUAAAAUGACCUACAUGUG